UAUGAUUAACAAUGAUUAUAAUUUAUGGGCCAAUAAAAGUCAUCUAAUUGUUUAUGGUAAUACAAGUUGUUUCUUGGGUUGGGUUCACUUGUAUUUAUUGACCUCUUAGUUGUUCAUCCUGCCUCAAAACAUUAUUGCUGGAUUUUGAAUAUCACAAGUUAGCACAGGUCCAUUUCCUUAAGUUACCAUGCCUGGUAAGCCUUGCAGGAUCUUCAACGAAGCGGUACCCGGAUGCUGUCUAAGCAUCAGACAUGGCAAGGUCAUUCUUGCUACCACUAGUUCUCGAGAUCCCACUCAGCACUGGUACAAAAAUACGCAAUACGCUGGACAAACGACGGAUACAUCGGGUCAUCAUGCCUUUGCUCUGGUUAAUAAAAGUACUGGUGAGGCCCUCAGACACCCUCACGGUCACGAAUUCAAUUCCCCCGUGGAGCUAGUUGACUUCGUUGAACAUUCUAUUAAUAGCGCUAUUUUGUGGACAAAACAAUAUGUAAAUGGUGGUGCUAGUCCAAUCUGGAGGCUUAAUCAUUUUGAUAAGAAUUUGGAUGUCCAACAAGUGAGCGGCAACGGCAGUAUAGUUUGCAUGUCGAAUGUGACUAAUGCACUUUCUGAGUACUGGACGAUUGUUCCGCAUCAGUAAUGAUGAUGGAUGGAGUAGUUGCUGUGUAUAUACGGUGGUGUUGCCAUUUCCCGAUCAUGGACAUGUCAUCGUCUAUCUGUGUGUGUGCGCGCAUCGUUUUUCUGAAUAAAACCUUGAUGUAUAACUGUUGUAAAUAUAUCUAUCCCAGGCUGGUGUUUCUUACUGUUUAUAUAUUUAAAGUCUUAUAUUUGUGUGAUUUGGAAUAAUCACUUGGAAUUGCCAUUCCAUAUAACAGUGUGCAAGAGUAAUCCUUCUGCUCUACUAAUAUAACUAGUCAAAAUCC